AUGACUGCUCACAAGUCUCAGGGUAGGACGUUGAGUCAUGCUAUUAUUGACAUUUCUUCUUGUACUGGAACAGAAGCCCCGUACGUUAUGGCCUCCCGUGUAAAAUCUUUGGACGGUCUGCUCGUCAUUCGAUGGUUCCCGGAAGGUAAAAUCCAGGUGAGACCAUCGCAAGACUUGCGGUUGGAAAACACACGCCUGCACAUACUCAGUCAGCAAACC